UGGCAAUGGUGAGCAGCACAGGUAGUGGGUCAUCACAACACUGCUGCACUCCGAGCUGGUGUGACGGCCUAGGACAUAAUAAAUAAAUAGUUGGCUAAAGCACUGUUGGUUACCUGCAACUUUGUAGCAAUAUGGGGCGGAAAUCACGAAGACUUCGGAGAAUAGAAAAACCUAAUGACAUACUCACUGUAAAUGAUGAAAUGAUGGCAUUGGAUAUGAGUAGUACUGUCAAACCAAAGAGUGCUAAACAAAGUUCCAAGCUGAAAAAAAAAUUGAAAAAGCAAUUGAAAAAGCAGUUGAAACAAGAGCAAUUGGAACGACACCAUGAGAAAGGAAGAGAGAAAACAAAGGCAAGUGUUACAUGGCACACAGUGCAAGUGGAAGGAGGAGUAACAGUGGAAAAAAAUUUUCUUUUCUCAAGUAUUAGUAAUUUUUUGGAAGUGGAAUUUCAACCACUUGGCUUUCAUAAAAUGGAAUCCAAAAGUUGUUUUUAUUUAGAGGCAAAUGAACCAGCUGCAACUGCUAUUCAAGGCCUUAGUAAUCGGGUGCAAGGACCAGAUGGUAGUCGUUUGAAAAUUACAUCAUCAAAGUGUGAAGUUCCAGAUUUGGUGCUUAACUUGGAUCAACUGCAGGUGCUACGUGAGGUCAUGUCUCGCCGCUUUAACGCAGCAGUCUGUUUGUUGGAUCUAACUGACCUACAUCAUGACCCUGUACUUAUGGAAAAGGAUAUUCUUGCACCUCUCUGUUCUACAGUUACCAUGAAGCAGGUGUUACGACUAAUUAAGGAAAAUGUUCCGCAGUUAAAAGCUCUAAAUCUUAGCAAGAACAACCUUCGAGUAAGUAAUUUUAAAUUAUUCCAAAUUAUAAAGGUUGACUCCUCACAGCUAACAGCCUUAAAUUUAGAACAUAAUAGAAUUGGUGAUAUACAGGUUUUAAAACACAUAAAAAUGUUCCCUUUGACUGAACUGAGUUUACAACAUAAUCCACUUGUAAAUGCAUAUAAAGAAAAUCCAUUAAAAUAUAUAAUGACGGUGAAAAAGGAACUUAAAGCCUUAAAAAUGUUGGACACUGUGGAUAUUGAUACAUAUCUUAGUGAAAAUACGAGUUCAGAACAUGAUAAGGAUCUUUGUCUGAAUAUUCCAAAGCCUGACACAAGUGAAAGCACUUCCAGCAGUAGCUCAUGUGUGAUGUCUGAGCAAAUGGUUCAGAGUUUUUUGGAACAAUUUUAUGCUCUUAUAGAUACUCAGCAACGUAACAACCUGGUUGCAGCGUAUACGCCAGAUGCUGUUUUACAAGUUAAAUCUAGUUUAGAGGCAAUUGCCAGCCAAGUGUUUGUCGGUCACAGUGAGAUAAGUGAGGCUUUGAAUACUCUCCCAGGUACCCAGCAUCAGCACAACACAUUUUCCUUAAAUAUUCAAUUUCCAAAUGUCAAUAUUGCUCAGGCUGUUGUAGGAGGUAUGUGCCAAAUAGCUGGUGUUGAUACAUCUGUGACCUUCUCUAGGUCAAUGACAAUUGUACCUUUUAAUACUGGGCUAUGUUGCUCACAAGACAAUUUAGAACUAAGAUGAAAGAUGUAAUAAAUAUAUACUUUGUGUGUGUGUGUGUGUGUGUGUGUAUACUCACCUAUUUGUGCCUGCAGGAUCGAGUAUUGACUCUUGGAUCCCGCCUUUUGAGCCAUUGGCUGUUUACAGCAAAUACUCCGGUCCUAUUUCCCUAUGAUAUCUAGUUUUAAAAUUAUAAAUAGAGUUUGCUUCUACAACCUACAUCAUAACCCUGUAUACAUGACCCCCCAACACACAGAUUGAUUGAUUUGAGAAAAUUCAUGUUAGAAUCAUUCAUCUUACCCUUGCAUGCAUGCAUCUCGGUUGAGAGGUGGGACCAAAGAGCCAAAGCUCAACCCCCCGCAAGCACAACUAGGUGAGUACAUACAUACAUAUAUACACACACACACAUACAUAGUGUAUAAUGUAUACAUUAACACAAAAACUGUUAUUUGUAAAUUUUUAACAUUCUUGAUAUGAUAUUGACUGAGAUGAUUAACUUUUGGAGGGUGUUGAACAUAUGUCAUGUUUUUCACUGUUGGAUAUACAGUCCAGUAUUCAACUUUUUUGUGGCUUUGAAAAUAUCCUCCAUUUUAGAAGUUUUAUGUAGGUGACAUUAAGAUGUUGGCUGUGGCACAGCUAUUGUAAGACUUCAUCUCCCAACUCAGUACCUUAUCUUUGACACUUGAGGGUCAUCUUUUUGGGUUUUUAUUAGCACACACUUGAUUUGAUAUGUGAUUGUAAGUACAGUACUGCAAUGCCAUAGAUGUAUGGAGAUUAAAUCCUGCUAAAGGAUAAAAGCUGUUUUAUCAAUAACAUCUUUGAAGGCUUUGCUAAAAGUGACAUGUACAUUCCAUAUUGCUAAAACAUGCUGCUGUAUAUUUAGUAUAUUUUAAUGGAAUGACUGCAAUGUGAUACUAAGGCAGUCAUCAGGCAGUGGCAUUGUUGCCUAUUAUAAAAUGUUGCCUAUCAUCUAAUCAAGUGGUGAUGUGUGUCCAAUAAAUGUUAAGUCUGUAUUAUUAGCUUUCUUUACACAAGAUAUAAUAAUGGUUGGAGCGCACAUGAUUAUUUGUUUAGGAUAUUAUGUUGGCAUUUUCUUGGAGAUUAUUUGACUUUUUGUCACAUUCUUGAACAAUAGGUUUUACUCUUCGAAGAAUGUAAACAUUGUACAUAAGUAGGUUUGAUUACUUUCUUGAGAACAUGUUAAUGAAUAAAGUGCUUAUGAUUAUAUAAACCAUCUUCAUUUUCAUAUUUUAUGGUGUAUUAAAUUAUUGCAUUGUAAUAUAGGAGUCUACUUUGACUUAAGUGUCAUACUUAUGAAUGAGAGGGAACAUGACCAUCAAAUUAAUUUUAUUUGAUUAUCUACCAUAAUGUGAUUUUUUUAUUAAUUGAAAUUUAUGAUUACUGUAGUGUUCAGUACUGUGUAAUGAAAGGUGAGUUGGUUAACAUUCUAUACUGAGGUUUGAAUACGAGAUAAAUUAAUGGCCUGGUUAAUAUGUACAAGAUUAAUGGUCUGGUUAAUAUGAACUGUGUUUUUAUCACUGGUCUGGUUACUGUGCAUUGUUUCAUCACUGGUCUGGUUACUGUGCAUUGUUUCAUCACUGGUCUGGUUAAUUUCCACUGAAUUUCAUCAUUGGUCUGGUUAAUGUAUGGUGUUUCAUCACUGUUACACAUAAAUUUCACUCAGGCCUUUCCCAUAUUCUUCCCAUAUCGAGUCUGGAGUACUUAUAAACAUCCGUAACUUCUUUAUCAAUUUAGUUCCAUAGCUGAUCUCUCUGCAUCUGUCUAUGGUGCUUUGCUUCCUCACAUAUCAUAGGAAUCUCUCCAGAUUUGUCAACCACAAUGUUUAAGACAUUCAAAGGAAGAGUGGAUGUAUUUCUUACAAGAUUUCCCCAUGGACACUGCCCUGUCAGGGAAUAGGGAGCUUCUUUGCUCUGCUACCUUGAAGGGCAUUUGUUUGUGACUACUGAUGUUAUUCUAACCAAAAGAGUAAGAGUCAGAUCAAUUGUCCCCCUAUUUUAUGUUUGGAUAUAAAUGAAAAUAUUCAUAGUAGUGAUGCUUUGAAAUCUCGGCCCUCUUCCCAUGACUGUUGCUUAGGAUUACCCUUUUGUCAGUAACCCCUUCAAAAUACUAAAACAACCUGAAAUAACACCUGAACACCGUUUCAGUUACAUGUCUCUGAAAACUAGCCUCUGAUCUCAUUUGAAUCUCAUGGUUCCACUGCUACAUCUAUGGUGGUGUUGUAUGUCUUAAUAGACAUAAGAGUUGUGACAAUACACAAGAAACAAUUCCCAAUAAAGUCGAUAAUUAUGAAA